GCGCGCACUCUGUUUACAGCGCGGCGGUGUGGCCGGCAAGCGCACGCAUCCGACUCGUUUAUAUCGCGCGGUACCGAUUUCCCUGACGGCUUCCGAGCUGCAUCAGCAUAUCUGGUGUUUUUCUCACUACUCACCAGUCGUCACAAGUGACAGACAUACCGAAAACCGUCAGUCGGCUAACGUACAUCGCGUACCAUAGAGAAGUUUCAGCGCGGCUCAUAAAAAUUCGGUGUUUUCGACGGAUGCGAUGAAUAAAUUUUGCAAAUCGAGUUUGUGUGUCGAAAAGGUCCGUGAGAGCAAUGUUUUGAUCGGCCGGCUGGAAGUGGAAGUGCCGGGUUGUGUGGACGCGAUACGAUUCGCGAUUAUCUUGAUCUGUGUGAAAUUAAGGUUUUUUCGGGAGGUGCUCGACCGAGUCUUCCACAAGGAGGCGGCCUGGAGUCCAGCCACGGCGUCUCCUGUUUACCAGCGCCCCGCACUUAGCACGUGCUAAGGUCCAAUUACAAAAGUUACCCGUGAAGACUUCUGUUAGAGGAGACUUUCAAGUGCCAUUCGUACCCAGUUUACCAGACAGUGAUCUAGUGAUAGUGUUUACCCGUGAUAUUUAGACUUAGUCUAAAGUGUUAGUACCAAUAAUUUUGUUUGAAAAGUUACCAAAAUAAAUAAAUAAAAAGCAACAAAACUGGCUCCUUACAAGGAUAUAAUGAACGCAACGAGCAUGAGCUCUACUAUACCGACAAUUAAAUGUGAGGAUACUUCGCCAUCGCCGGUUGCUUUAGGAUCUGACGGAGAAAGUGGAACAUACAAUUUGAGUGUUAAUGUGAAUCUAAGUGCUGCUAUGAUAAACAUGCUGACCGCCGAGGGAACAAAUACUACGCUUCGUACGCCGGAGAUUGUAAACGAUGUCAUCACCAUGACAAACCCCCUGGACCAGUAUAAUUACGAAAAGAAUUCCAGUUUCAAGAACGGAAGCGGAAAUGACUCCAACUCUUCGAUGUCUAAUGGCUCGUCGGCCACAUCACCGUCUUCAAGCACUCCGCCCAGCAUACAGAAGACGUGCUCGGAACUUAUUAAGGCUGGCCUGAAACUGUCCAUUGAAUCGAAACGCAAAAUGUCCGGUAGCGAUACAGACGUCAGCGUGAAACGACUCAAAAAGGAAGAAAGCGAUGAAGAUUACGAUAGCAGUCACACGCAACAAGCCAAAAAUGAAGGGAACAACAGGACGACCGAUAGCCAUCAGGAACUGUGUGAUCUACUUGACUCAAUGUAUACGGGAAAGCUAACACCGGAAGACGAAGAACGGAGGCGGCGUAGAAGAGAACGGAAUAAAAUCGCGGCUACAAAAUGCAGAAUGAAGAAACGGGAGAGAACCGUCAACUUGGUCACGGAGAGCGAGGUCCUCGAAAACCAGAAUAUUGAUCUCAAAGCACAACUGAAGGAUUUGGAAGUUCAGAAGCGGCAGUUGAUUGACAUGCUGUCGCUGCACGCCGCUUCGUGUGUCAAGAACAAUUCAACCACGAGGCAAUCGCCUACAAUGCAGUACAACAUGAUUCGUUCUUACGAUUCUCCAUCAACAUUCCCCUCUUCGUUUGAAGCACACUCGCCAUACAUCCGACCCGAGUCCGCGAACAUACUCGCAUCAAGUUACACUUGCGCUACGCCGAUAGGUGAUUCUUCGGUGGACACGAUUUCAUCGCUGGACUCUAUUUACCCGGCGCAGCAGUUGAUUGAACAAGAAUACAACAGGCCCGACAGCGUCCUUAGCCUAACUCCAACCUCGGAUCCCAAUUUCGUGACCACAGACGGGUUCCUGCCCAAAGCCACGAACCUCCUCAUUCCGAUUGACGCAGAGCAGGAAUACUACGAUCCUGAUGUGAAUUAUAACUUGGCGAGCAAUCAACAGUGCCAUACUUAUCCCGGAUCGGCUGCAGAUGCGCAGACUAAAAUCAACAACGGCCUGAACGAUGGGUGUCUCGUUUAGUUUCGGACACAUCCGUCGAUCACAGUUCAUUUUUGUCGGGUCCAAAAUUUCUUUCGACACGUAUACGUAUAUUUUAAGCUUUGGAUAUAAAAUUCGAAAUAGAGUAUCACCGUUUAAUUGUAAUUCGCCUUGUCUUCUUUUAUAUACUAAAAAGUGUCGCACGAAAAAUCACAUAAUCUGGUAGUGACGUGAAUUGAUCGUAAAAAUUGAUAUUUACCAUUCAUCAGUGUGUCAUGUGCCGUAAAUAAGUCAUAAUAGACGUUCUAUUACAUAGUUCAUUAAAAUUGUUGUCAAUAAAACCGUUUUAUCUCGUAAAUAACAAAAACAUAAAAGUUAAAUGGACGGAGAAUUUAUUUCGAAACGCAUUCGUAUGUCUACUGUGUAGAGCAACAAUGUAGAGUUAGUGUGAUGCCUGUUAUAACUGCGAUUUUUUUGUCGUAAGAAAUAAGAUGUUUUUGUGUAAAAUUCAAGGUGCUUCUAAUUUCAACACUAAAGCAUUGAAAUGAGAUUUGUUUAUUGUUAAAACGCGUUGUGAGAAGUCACAUUUACUGUCUUAUAACAUUCAGAUGUGAGCUGUGAAACAGUUCUUUAGGUAGGUCCAUUAAAAUAUAUUAUUUAGAUGUUAAAACCUAACAAUUACCAUGUUUGUUUUAAUUUCUUUCAAGUUCUAUAAUUUUGCUUUGAUUCGUUUUAAAAUGUUUGGUUUUUGAAAGAUCUGAUUAUUUUUGUAUGGUGCAA